AUGAACAAGAAGAUAGAAGACCAGGCGAGUUUAUACUCGGGGUAUGCGAGGCUUCCAGACUUGUGGGACCUCAACGUUCUACGGAAUACAAACUUGUCCAACCCGGCUCCGCAGAGACGGAGCCAGUGGUAUGCGAGAGGAUUUGACCCUGUGAUUCUCGCAUGCGGUGUCACAACCCAUAUCGCAACACGUGUCGUCCCAAAGCACACUCAUAAUGUGAUACUAGAUAGUGUCAGUGUUUCCAAAUGGGAGCACCAAGUCAAGAAGACUUUGGAGAACUCCCUCUUUCGACCACGUCUUCCAUCCACAAGUACCGUCCUCGACCGCCACGUCCACAACGGUAGCCGCCUCCUCGUAAAGCGCCGCUUUGCACAAUUUGAAGAGGUCGAUGCCAAAGUCCAAGAAUGUCAGAGCGAGAUCGCUAUCUUGCGUGCAGCACUCGACCUCGAUCCCCCUGUGUUUGGUAUUCGAGAGAAACUCGCGCUGCUUGAGAGGUUAGAAGUGGCUUGGCAGCAAGUCUGGGAUACGGCGUUCAUGAGAUAUCGAGACAGCAAGAGAGAACUGGAGGAAGAGUAUGGCGAGACUUUGGUUUGGCAGACUGGACAGUUUUGGAAGGUGCAGCGGCGGCUGAUGGGGUCGCUUGGGGAGAGUGAUGGUGGCGAGAUGCUUUCAGAUACUUAA